AGGGGGAGGAGGGACAGUGUCUGAGGCCUAUGUACAGAGCGUCCCAGGACAGCAGAGUCCCUGUAUGACCGGGGUAUCCCACUGCAGCUGCUGCUCUGUCCUGCCCCGGGGAGUGACUCUCAGGACCUCCAGGUGCUUAUAGUGGGCGCUACCUAUCCCCCAGACACCCACCCCUGCCCCUCACACCUCCCUGCCUGGAAGACUCUGCUCUCCCAGGUUUCUGCCCUUGGAGCGCAUGGCGAAGGUUGGCAGCCCAGAUGAAAGCAGCGGGGAGGCCCAGUCUCACUGCCCACGGUGCCAGGAAAUGUUCCUGGAUGCCCGGGUGCUGCCCUGCCUGCACACUGUGUGUCUGAGCUGCCUGCAGGUGCUGGAGCCAUUUAGCACCAUGGAAAGAGGUCAGAAAGUGGCCGCACACAAGAGCAUCCUCUGCCCAGUGUGUGACUCAGAAGUAGCCCUGCCACCAGGGGGAGUCAGAGAACUGCUGCCCGACAUGCUGGCACAGACCCAGGUGCUGCUGGAACGGCUGCGGAGCGGAGGGCACCAGAUGCCGUGUGACCUGUGCGGAGAUGGGAAGGGAGAGCACCGGUGCCAAGACUGCAGGGUGAACGUCUGCGAGUUCUGCUGCCGGGCACACAGGCGACAGAAGCGGACGGCUGACCAUGCUUUGCUGCCCCUGCAGGACCUACCCCCGGGCUCCUCUCUGUCUCCGGUUCCAUACUGCAGCCUACAUCCACUGGAGGAGCUGUGCCUGUAUUGCGAGCCCUGCGGCCUCCCCUCCUGCCGGGACUGUGCUCUCAUCAGGCACCAGGGACACGAUCUGCGCCCGGUCACCGAGAGCGCAGGGAGGCACAGAGCGCAACUGCAAGGAGCAUUACUAAAGUUUGAACCCCAGCAGGAAGACCUGAAGACUGUACUCCAGGCUGUGCAUGGUGCAGGAGAGGACCUCAGGCAGAGUGCGGCACUUCUGCGGCAGGAGGUGGAGACCUUCACGGAGGGGUACAUGAGUGCAGUACAGGAACACAGGCUCCGGCUGCUGAGUGACAUAGAUGAGGAAGUGCGGCGGAGGGAGCAGGCGCUGAGCCUACAAAGGGCUCGGAUACAUCAGCAGCUGUCAGACCUACGCACGGCCACCACGUUCACUCGAAGCCUCCUAGACCGAGGGCCUGACCUCCACGUGGUACGAGCCAAGAUCCUGGUGCUGAACCGCCUGAAAGAGCUGAAUAAUGACUGCAGCACAAUGGAGCCAACAGAGGCAGACCGCAUCCGAUUCAGCCCGCAGGAGGACGCGGGACCGUGCCAUGGGUAUCCGAUGUACGGGGCCGUGCAAACGUUGGGUGUGGAUCCUGAGAGGUGCGAGGUCAAGGGGCAAGGUCUCCAGUCUGUACAGCAGGGAAAACUCACCAGCUUCAAUCUCAUCUGUAAGAGUAAAUCCGGAGAUCCACUGGAGCACGGAGGGACACCACCUAGGGUCAUCAUUCUACAGGCAGAAUCGGGGAGGUCUAUCCAAGCCGCAAUUCAAGAUAACCGCAACGGCACGUUCCUGAUUUCCUACACCCCAUCAGAACCAGGGCGGAUCUCCAUAAGCUUGUGUAUAAAAGGGCGCCAUAUCAAGGGUUCCCCCUUUAGCGUGACGGUGAGCGAAACACUGCGCCAGCACAGCGGUAUUUACCAUUGUUGCACAUUCUGCUCCAGUGGGGGGCAAAAGGAUGCCCGCUGCGCUUGUGGUGGUACAAUGCCAGGUGGGUACCAGGGCUGUGGACAUGGUCACAAGGGUCAUCCUGGUCACCACCACUGGUCGUGUUGUGGAUCCACCUUGGAGAUAUCAGAGUGCAGCGGUGUGAAGGACUCAGCCCCUCGUAAUCUACUUAGAACUGUGGCUUUGUGAGGAAAGAGGAAGCAGCCUCCUGCCCUGGGGUCACCAGUCCAUGCUAGGACCAUUGACGGUGUCCACAUUAUUGGUGUGACCAGAUAGAAGCAACUGCACCCCAUUGACUCAGUCUUCUAGACUGUGAUGGACAAAGACCUCCAGCUCAAUAAAAAUAGGAAAGUCAGGUACAACUCAAGGAGCACGAACCUCAUUUUAGAUGGGAGAAAUGUGGCCCCUGUGCGGAAAUAAGGAGCGGUCACUGAAUCGUGCCUUAAAAUGAAUCCUCACUUGUAUAUGGCUCAGGGUAAUUUCCUCCAUGUACAGGUCACCAUACACACAAGCUGCAGCCUCUUAUACGUGUAUAUAAAGUCCAGCGCCUACAUAACAGCACAGAGUAUGAGAUGGAGAAGCUGUCAUUAUCCCCCACAAUGUCUCUGCACCCUACUGUACAUUAUAUGGAUAUAAUUACCAGUGACCAUUACAGAAGAGACCAUAGAGCACAGUAUGAGAGAAGGAGACCGGGAGCUGCCAUUAUCUUCCCCACUGGUACUUAGUGGCCACCAGGACUUUAACUGAUAGUAUAAGCUCAAGAACAUAGACACAUAUUUAAAGGGAACAGGACACCUCAAAUAAAUAUACAGAAAACAGCCAGAUCUUCAGUAUUGCAUGGGAAAUGUUCACUGAAGAGGAUGCUCACUGGGUUUAUAAAUAGCACUAAUAGAUGUUUUUCUGGACAAUUCUUUCAAAUAACACAAGCCUUUUCCACAAUAGAGAAUUAAUGAGAAGUAAACAUUUUUUCUGCCUGCAUAAGUAUUUGUAGAGAAACAUUGCACAAUUCUAUUGAAUAGUACAAGUAUAUUUUACAGUAACUAUUAGCAAACAGCUAACGUAUUUGCUGAGCAGCACAAAUAAUUUGCACAACAGAAAACUAUUGAGUAGCUCCUCAGAAUACUACAGAUUCAUUGCACUAUAAUGAAAUGCUGCACAGUUCUUUCAUUAGACACAAAUCAUUAGCACUGUAACAGGAUACUCAUCAAAUCUUUCACAAAAUCCAGUUUCGCUCCACCAUAGAGGAAUCAGCAGAUUCCGCAGCAAGAUCUGCGUCCAUCUACUCACAUGCUGGGGGCCGUCCAGCACGGGGCAACGCCAACCAGCAUGUGUGUGUGGCACCGCCCCACGAUGCCUUCACAAUUUAAUUGCAAAUGCACAGUUUUAAGGUCGACCCCUACCUGCGCAGUCUUGCUGCACUGGCAGGAUGACCAGCGUAAUUUUUUCCCCCGGAGUGGUUGCUUGUGACGUCAUGCAGCUGCCCCGAAAAACGGUCUGGACGCGCCUGCGUUGUCUGGACCAUGAUCGCAAAAUGCCACAUCAACGCGCCCCCGAUGGGCGUUGCUGUAAAUUACCUUUCAGCCACAUCCUUCCAAGAUGCGGCCGCAUGGUGAAGAGUUGUGCACUAUGGCCAGACCCGAUGGAUGCAUCCGCUGCAUGUGACCGCAGGGACUGCGUCUAUCUCUGAAUAAGGUCCAGAGUACGGGUCUGUACUCAGCAUGUGAGGCUUUGGCAACGAUCUCACAAGUUGGGUCCUAGAUUGGUUGGUCCUUUCAGAAUUUGGUGUGUUAGUUUGUAUUUGCCACCUUCACGAAACACCUCACAGAGAUGACGGCCACAUUAAAUAAUAUAUUUGUAUGUAAAUAAUAUGCUGAAUUAUAAUGCUAACUGCAGGCAGAAAAAUACCGAAUAUUACCGUGCACAUGGUAUGUGACCCCAAGAGAAUACAGUAUAUUGACUCAGCCCAUCCUAUCAAUUACUGAGCGUAUGGAGUCAUUAUUGCUACCGGGAAACUCUAAGUCCUAUUGGCCAGGGACACUAUAUAUCAACAAUCUCAGGAAAUGAACCCCUAGCUGUACUAUACAGACAUAUAGCUCUCUAUAUAAAGUGACAACUUAUGGAUAUUGGCCCUCAUUCUGAGUUGCUUGCUCGUUAAUUUUCUUCCCAUCGCAGCGAUUUUCCGCUAAUUGCGCAUGCGCAAUGUCCGCACUACGGCUGCGCCAAGUAAAUUUGCUAAGAAGUUAGGUAUUUUACUCACGGCAUUACAAGGAUUUUUCUUCGUUCUGGUGAUCGGAGUGUGAUUGAUAGGAAGUGGGAGUUUCUGGGCAGAAACUGACCGUUUUAUGGGUGUGUGUGAAAAAACGCUGCCGUUUCUGGGAAAAACGUGGGAGUGUCUGAAGAAACGGGGAGUGUCUGGGCGAACGCUGGGUGUGUUUGUGAUGUCAAACCAGGAACGAAACUGCCUGAACUGAUCGCAGUGUAGGAGUAAGUCUCGAGCUACUCAGAAACUGCUAAGAAUUUUCUAUUCGCAAUUCUGCUAAUCUUUCGUUCGCAAUUCUGCUAAGCUAAGAUUCACUCCCAGUAGGCGGCGGCUUAGCGUGUGCAAUGCUGCGAAAAGCGGCUAGCGAGCGAACAACUCGGAAUGAGGGCCAUUGUACAAUAGCGAUACGCAGGCCCAUUAUCUCGCCAGUUGUGCGCUCUUAUUUUGGAGCAUUCGCACAAAACACACAAUUUAUUUGUUCUGAUAUAGACAUGAAGACACAGCAGGACACACGUUUUUCUUGCACUCUUUAUUCACAUCUAAUCACAAUUCUUGGGUACAUUAUUUUGUUUUAUAAUUUGGACAUUUUAUAUGAACUUAAUAAAAGUGAAGUUUUUAUUUA